AUGGCUGGGACCGUGUACUUGAGAACGGACCGUUUCGAGGUCAAGCUUGAAGGGAUCACCUUCAAGACCAAAGAUUUUGAAUCCCUUUGCAAGGUGGGCUUUCUCUUCCCUGAAGGCGACGAUUGGGCCGGCCGACCCAUCGUGGGCCUCGACGUCAUGGCCCACCCCCGCGACCCGUCCAUCAUCCUCCUCCUCCUCUGUUUCGGUAUGGGCUGCGUCAUCCUCCGGUUCGCCGCCGGCGAGUCCCUCCCGGCCGGAAUCCACAAAUUCCUCGCCGACAAACGAAUCCACGUCGUGUGCUUCGGAAUCCCCGAAAAGUCGGACCUCUUCCCGUUCGACGAGCUCGGCCUCACCCGUAACGAGUCCGACAUCGGUUACCUAGCUUCGAAAAUCCUCAAGGAUCCAAAAUACCGAAAAUCCGAGCUCGACGAGCUCGCGCGCAAGGUCCUCGGCAUCAAGCGCAUGAUCGGGCUAACCGAGGCCUCGUCCUUCGAGCGUCACGAACAAAUCAAGUGCGCGAUUUGCCAACUCUUCAUCACCACCGUGAUUUCGAUGGGCCUCGUGGGUGCUAAGGACACGAAAAAAUCGGAUUACGUCUCGAAAAAGAGCUCGUUUCGCAAGAACUUGAACUCCCUCCAUCUCCUCGCCGACGGGUGGUUCAAGCUCCCGAAAGUCAUCCACCACCGGAAGAAGCGCGACGACGAUGAUGACAUCAGCCGCGCGCUCGAAGAAAAAAACGAGGAGUGUCGCGACGAUGGGGCGAUUGUGGAAAUGCUCGUGAACGCGGAGGUGCAGUCGGGAGAGUGGACUCCGCGAGACGGCGUUUUCGAAAAGGAGAGCGGCGGCGGAGAAGGGGAGGAGAAGAAGCGGCGGAUAAAAGGGAUUUUGAAGUGCCCGUCGAUGAAUCUAAGGCGGAGCGAGUCGUUCCCUGCGGACGCGGCGGCGGCGGCGAAGACGCCGCCGUCGCCAUCGACGCCGGUCGGUCAAGAAAAAUGCAUGCUGAGGCGGGCGAAUUCGAAAGGGUGCAAUGUUAGCUUUAAGUUCCAUUAG